UCUAGAUGCCUUCUUGAGCCUGUUUGUGGCCACCCACAGACACUUGUAAGGAGGAGAGAAGUCAGGCUGGCAGAGAUACUCUGAAAUGAGGGAUUAGAGGCUGGGACCUGAGGAACAAGAGCUGCAGCCAGAAGACGAGGGAAGGGGCCCUGACGACACUUCUACUGAGAGGUCUGCCAUGGCCUCUCUUGGCAUCCAACUUGUGGGCUAUAUCCUAGGCCUGCUGGGGCUGUUGGGCACAGUGGUUGCCAUGCUGCUUCCCAGCUGGCGAACAAGUUCUUACGUUGGUGCCAGCAUUGUGACGGCAGUUGGCUUUUCCAAGGGCCUCUGGAUGGAGUGUGCAACACACAGCACAGGUAUCACCCAGUGCGACAUCUACAGCACGCUUCUAGGCCUGCCCUCUGACAUCCAGGCUGCCCAGGCCAUGAUGGUGACCUCCAGUGCAAUCUCGUCGCUGGCCUGCAUGAUCGCUGUGGUGGGCAUGAGAUGCACAGUCUUCUGCCAGGGGUCCCGAGCCAAAGACAGAGUGGCGGUAGUGGGCGGAGUCUUCUUUAUCCUUGGAGGCCUCCUGGGCUUUGUUCCUGUUGCCUGGAAUCUUCAUGGGAUCCUGCGGGACUUCUACUCACCACUGGUGCCAGACAGCAUGAAAUUCGAGAUCGGAGAGGCUCUUUACCUGGGCAUCAUUUCCUCCCUGUUCUCCUUGGUGGCUGGAAUCAUCCUCUGCUUUUCCUGCCCAUCUCAGAGAAAUCACUCCAAUUACUACGAUGCUUACCAAGCCCAGCCUCUUGCCACUAGGAGCUCUCCCAGGCCUGGUCAGCCUCCCAAAGUCAAGAGUGAGUUCAACUCCUACAGCCUGACAGGGUAUGUGUGAAGAACCAGGGGCCAGAGCUGGGGGUGGCUGGGUCUGUGAAAACCAGUGGACAGGCCCUUAGGGCCACAGGUGAGGGACAUUGCCACUGGAUGAUGUCAGAAGGUGCUGCUGAGGAUAGACUGACUUUGGCCACUGGAUCGAGCAAAGGCAGAACUGGGAGCUAGUGUGACAGUGUGCAGGUUGAAUUGCUGAGGAUGCUCGCCAAGCCGGCCUUUCUGUUUCCCUCACCUUGCCCUCCCUGAGUCUCCAACCCUCAACUUCAAAUCCCAGCCUGUACCUUUAGCCAGGCCCCAGAGGCUCCCUUUUGCCCUUUGGUUUACCUGGGAAUCAUCCCUGAACCCACUAAUCACAUCCCACAGACUGACUCUCUGUGAUUAAAAAAAAAAAAACACUCUCCCUCUGGCUGAGGUUGGCUUUUAGCUUGUUGCUGGGAGAUGGGGAGAAGGAGAAGUGGUGGCUUUUAUGGGCAUGUCUCUCUCUCCAAAAAAACCUGAUUGAUCUGCAAUGGUCCCAUGAACCUCCAUCCUACCCUUGUUAUGACUCCACAGUGUCCAGACUGGUUUAUGCAUGAACUGAAAUAAAACCAUCCCACAGCAUCCAGGGAACAAAAUGUAACUGGGAGCAGGCAGCCUGGGACCAGAAAAAGACCAGAGCUAUUUCCCAGGGCAGUUCUCAGAAUUCUCUCACGUUCAUGGUUCAGGAAUGGAGCCUGCAGCUUGAGGAAGGCACAAGGAAAGAAGAUCUGGUGGAAAGCUGGGGUGGCAGCAGACUCUGACUCCCCUGAGAAACUGCCUCAGAAGCUGUGGUCCCAACUUUUGCUAAAACCCCUGCCUUCCUCUGGGGCACCUGACCUGGCCUCCAGUCUGAACCACAAGGCUAAAGGUACUAGACAAUGGUUGCCUUAAGAACAGCGAGCCAGUUUUUCUAGAGCUAGCCUUUGGCUGGGAGAUGUCAGCAUGGGAACUACGGGGCCCUGAGGAUGAUACCACUCCCCAACACUGGCCAAGGAAGAAUAAGAAUUUUGGUAUCAAAGAAACUGAGUGGUCACCUGUGGUGGCUCCAGUGGGUGUUUCUAUUGUUUCUAGAGAGGCAGACUCCCCAGAGAGUCUUCAGUUCUAACGGAAAAUCAGCCCCAAAAGCUGAGAUCAGGCCUCCUGGGGUCUUCCCAGAGCACCCCACAGAGCCCUUGGAAGGCCAUAGCACCAAGCGGACCCUAUCAUAGUCUCCCCACCAUCCAUCAGAAGAGAUUUCAGAGUUGCCAGAGGGCAGCCAAGGGCUCCAACGUGGCACAUCCAUGCCCAAGGUACUAUGUCCAAGAUCUGAGUGAUGGUUGACCUGGGAUUGCGGUUGAGGUGGAAGAUUAAUGAAUGGUUACCAGGCAGAUGGUUCCACCUCUAAGGUCUGAAAAUGCUCCCUUUCUCCUGGAGUGGAAGUGGGGGGGUCACAAACUAAAGACAUUUUCCCUCACUAGGCUAAGCAUGACCAGCUUCUGAGAAACUCCAGAACCCCUCCUCAAACCUCAGUGCCAGCAGAAGGGGCCCAUUUAUUGUCUCUAACAUGCCUUUCAGGUUUCCACCUUUUCGCCUAUGUUCCAUCUGUUCUCCCACCCUGGGAGGCCCUCUCCCCUUAGCAAAGUCCUCCUCAUGCUUAGAAAACUUGCUCGGUAUCACCUCCUUCAUUGAGCCUUCUCUGAUCACUCCAUCCCUAUCCUAGCCCUCCCUCCUCCAACCCUCAGUGUGUAAAUCCCUUUUUGAUGCUUAUUAUUCAUAAUUUUUGAUUGAUAGUUAUAUUUUCAUGUGUGUGUCUGACCUGACAAAUAACAUUGUAAACCCUUGGAGGGCAGGGACCACAUCUUAGAUCUCUCUGUACACCCCAGACUAUCUGUAACAGUGCUGGACACACUGUAGGUGAUCAAUAAACACUUGUUGAUUGAG